AUGCUCGGGAUGGAGACGGUGAAUUAUCAAGUUAUCACCCACCACUUUGAAUGGCGCAAUGUCUUCCGUGUCCUCUGGUAUCCCUUCGAGCUCUAUACUGUCCCAUACAUCUUCUCUAAUCGCGCAUCUCGGGUGAACAGCGUAGUUAGGACAAACAGAACAAGCAUAAGCCCCAUAGUAGGGACUGGCUCUUGUGUUCCAUGGAGACCAACAGAUCCAAAGGAUGGAGAGUUGGUGAAAUGCGAGAUUUAUGGCGAAGUCCAAAUGAGCUCUCAGCUCUCUGGUUUUCCAGAUUUGACACUGUCGUUUGCGAAUCCAUCGGUGUUAGAAGACGUGAGGUUUCAUCUGUGCGUUCGCUUCAGGCCUUGGGAGUCUCAUCAAGUUCUCUCCUUUGUUCCUCCAGAUGGGCAAUUCAAGCUCAUGAGUUACAGGGUGAAGAAGCUGAAGAACACACCUUUAUAUGUAAAGCCUCAAGUAACAUCAGAUUCCGGUACAUGUCAAGUUAGUGUGUUGGUUGGGGUCAAAAGCGAACUUGGGAAGACGAUCGAGUGGAAAACUUUGAGUUUCGAGCUUCCUCAUUGUGUUUCAUCUGCAGAUCUCUCAUCAAAUCAUGGAACUGUAACCAUACUCUCUAACAAGACAUGUACAUGGCCGAUUGGGCGAAUACCGAAGGACUCCAUGUUUGUCUGGGACAUUAGUGUUGGAGACGGGUUUGGAGCGGCUACAUGUGUUUCCUACAUUCAAGCUCGGGUUUAA